CGUCAACAAUGUCGUCGUUUGGGGCAAGAUCCUUGUUGCCGCUUUACCACCUUCUGCCUAGUCUCGCCGCCAUUGUUUUGUGUUCCUCAUUGACCCUCCAAUCGUCUAGACAGGCUCUGCCCAUCCAUCAACGAGCCAGCAGCACAGGGCAAAAGCCUUUUAAAAAUCAUCAUCUUUUCAUCUGCUGAUGCUCUGCUCUAUGGGGAGUGCGAGGCUGACACGACGAUACAAAUGCCGAAUACCACAUCUUAGGACUCGAUGUACACGGGUAAAACAAUCGCUGCUUCGUUCGACUGACGCCGUGGGAGCCGUGUGGGAAGUUACAUUCACUGUAAUGGAGUAAUAUCAGAGUCACCAUAUCAGCUCAUCCAUCAUGCUCUCCAUACUCCGCAAAGCUCGCCUGAAGGACAAGGAGAUGCGAAUAUUGAUGCUAGGGCUCGAUAACGCAGGCAAAACGACGAUCGUGAAGAAAGUUAUGAAUGAAGACGUCAAUACUGUCAGUCCUACGCUGGGGUUCAUCAUCAAGACUAUCGAUUUCCAAGGGUACAAGCUCAACAUCUGGGAUGUCGGAGGGCAGAAGACUAUCAGAUCGUACUGGAGAAACUACUUCGAGAAGACAGACGCCCUCAUAUGGGUGGUGGAUGCCACCGAUCGAUUACGGAUCGACGACUGCAAAGCAGAACUGAAGGGUUUGUUGCUCGAAGAACGUUUAGCAGGCUCAAGCUUGCUGGUCUUCUUGAACAAGACAGACGUCAUGGGUGGCAUGAGCGUGGAAGAGGUUACAAAGGCCUUGGACCUGAAGAACAUCCUGACUCAUCGUUGGGUGGUGGUGCCCUGUAGCGCCAUGACAGGGCAAAAUCUGGAGAAGGGCUUGAGUUGGGUAGUGCAGGAUGCGAAAGAUCGCUUGUUUUUGUAUUGAGAGUUAUGACAGGAGUCUCUGAAAGAAGAUAUAGAGGAGUCUCGUACGAUACAGAGGUCCUACAAUGCUCUUCUUCACGUUGGCAAGCCGCGAUGACCCUUGAAACAAGCGCUUCUGGGGCCUCAAGGGUAACUGGGUUGACACACAGGCCGCAACGUGGCCGUUUUUGAGCCGGGGCCCAAAAGGCCGUUGAAAGGACCGCAGGAUCAGCCGCUAGCGAGAUUCCAGUAAACAUGGGGAGCGCAACUGCGCUCGAAAACUUCAUUGAUUGCGCCCAUGAUCAGAAGAGCAGCAGUUUGCGAUAAUAAUUAUAACAAAGGGCAUUGGGAAGACAAACAGAGG